CAGCCAGUUGGAAGUUGGUUCAGGUUCAGUUUCAGUUUUCAGUUACGUUUUGGCGUUUUACGGUAACGCAGCGCGGACGACAAAUAACAGUUAGCCAACAAUUAUAGCUCAGCGACAACAAAGAAAGAUCCAAAGACCCGUUAGAGCAGCAACGGAAACGGAAAGUAAAAGCCAACUAACACACACACACACACAGCAACAGACAAGCGCACACAUACACAUACAACUAUGGCGGAGACGAUCAACAACAAGCCGAGCAUACAGAUUCGUAGUGGACUGCCCUCACCGCUGCCGGACAAGAGCCCCUCGCCGGCCACCAAGCUGCUGAUCAGCCAUGGCAAACCCAACUUUACCAUCGGCGCCGGCAGCAAAUCACCCAAGGCCGAGGAGAAUGGCAUGAGCAACAAUCCGUUGUCGCCGCAGCUGAGGGCCAACAACAACUACAAUGCCUACAAGAGUGCCACAAACAGCAACUCGAGCAACGGGAGCAACGGAAGCAACUCGAGCAACGGGAGCAACGGGAGCGAAAGCAACAAAGUCAUCAUCGGCACCAAAUUCAAUGGCGUCUUCAAGCCAUCCACCAGCUUGGCCACCAAUGGGAAUGGAAGUGGCUUGGCGAAUGGCAAUGGCAGUGCUGAGAAUGAGGCGGCCAAGGUGGUGCUGCGUCGCCUUAAGGUGGCGUCGGUAUCUCCGCCACCCGUCGAGGCCGAGGACGACAAUGUGCCGGAGUUCAUCAGACGCCAGCGACGCAUCCAAGAGCGUCUGGCCAAGGAGAAUGUGCUGGACUUUGAGAACCGACGCAGUGGCUACUUCACCCACGUCAUGAUCUCUCCGGACUCGCCCAAUCGCACCUCGUUCGUGGAGACUAUGGCCAGUCCGGCAAUAGUUCCGUCCCUGGAAAUGCCUGCACCAGUCCACGAGAAGGCCGGAGAGGAGGAGGAGGAAGAGCAGAAGCAGCAGAAGCAGCAGCAGCAGCAGCAGCAGGUAGAGGAGCAGCAGUUGCAUGCCACACCAGUGACUACAUCUGCGUUGAUAAGCGAACCAGAGACGGUUGCAGCUGUUACCAAUGGCCACAGCGAGGCAACCACCACCAAUGGGCAUGCGGAGCAGGAGGAUGUGGCUCCCGAGGAGGUGGCCAGAGCCAUUGAGGAGGUCAACAAGGCGGUGGCUGGAGAGGAUGAUGACAAGACCGAGCCAGAGACAGAAGCAGAACAGGCAGCAGCGCCUGUGCCAGUUGCCGUUGAGCGAAAAGCCGAGCCGGAGGAAGAGUCAAAGCCAGCGGUCGCAGCGCGUACACCCUCGCCCGUGGAGGCCCAAGUGGAGGUUGUGCAGCCUGCGCAGAACGGGCAGGAGGCCGCGGGCAUUACCAUUUCCCAUACCAAUGGCCAGAGCAGCGAUGGCCCCAGCAUACCCGCGCCGGAUCCCAGCGGUGCUCUGGGCGUCAACUACGAACCGAAGACCGUGGUGAGCUUCUCCCAGGAGCUGGGCGGUGGCGAGAACAACUAUCCAGACACGGUCAAAGGGGUGACAGAGUCCGCUGAUGGCGAGCUGAAGGAUCUGGCCAAGCUGAAGUUUGACAUCAAGAACGAUGGCCAGGCGGACGAUGUUCAGGUGACGCCCGUGCUGCGUGCGGAAUAGAAUCGAUGUGCGGAGUGGAUGUCUGGCCAGGAUUAGUUGAAUUGUUGUUAAA